AUGGUGAGCAAGGAGGGUGGCAAAUGCAUGCUCACCAACUCAGAGUCUGACUCGGAGGCAGCACCCUUGCCCUCCACGUCACUGGCACUGGAGGUGAAGUAUUCCCUGGAAGCCAGUCGACAGGUGAGGAAGAGAAAUAAAGCCCUGCAAGUGCGUUUCAAGGAUAUCUGUGAGGCACAGAACGAGCAAAGGGAGGCGGAGUUGCAGGCAGUGGGGAAGGGUGGCAAGCCGAUCUCAUACAAGGUGGCAUACCGCAAGUACAUGACCGUCCCUGCCCGCAGAUCCAUCCCAAAUGUCACGAGGAGCACAGGCGUGCAGACGUCCCCUGACCUGAAGAAACGUUAUCAGACCUUCCCCUUUGAGCGCAAGAAAGGCCACACCUUUAAACACGUGGCGGCCGUGGAAACUUAUAAAGGUCAGAAUAACGGUUUUGUCAUGGAGGUGAAGCAGUCCAAGACUGCUGAGCAGGGUUUAGAUGAGGAGGAGGAGGAGGGAGCCUGCGGGGGGAGUGGAGUCCGGAGGACCAGGGCUCUGCUCCAUACUAAUGAGUGCAUUGCCACAGUGGAGCAGCACACUGCACCUGAUGGCCUGUGCUCUGACGCUCUGCUGCUCAGUUGCUCUGCAGACACAGACUGCCUUGCAGACACACCGAGAGGAAGUGGAGCUGGAGCACAGGCAGAGUACCAGCUCUGCAGUGUCCCGUCCAAAGCCAGGACAGGAUUACAACACAGGGAGGUGGAUACAGAUCGCUCGGCCAAGAGGCAGCUGCUCAAUCUGGAGGAGGGCUCGUCCCGAACCCUGCCGGACAGGGCCUCCAAGGUUACGGGCCCCAUCGCCUGGAACUCCCUUACACAGGUGGAGUGCCUGGACAGUCCGUCUGUGCGGAGCAAGCGGAAGAAAAGCCUUCAGCUCAACGGGCUGCAGAGUGAGACGUUGCCACGUGCCGGCGGAGGCUGUACAACACAGGCACAGUGCCACACAGGACAAUUAUCUGCCCGGCCUCUGCGAGGCAUGGAGGAGCCUCUGUCACCCUGCGGAGGUGGUGAGGCUAGGGGGGCACAGCCUGACCCAACACAGGAGGCCUGCAAGCAAAUAGUGCCUAUGAAUCAGGACGGGGAUGUUAAAGCACAGCUCCAGGCCAUGGAAAACCUCAUCAGCUCCAGCCAAGAGACCAUCAAGGUGCUUCUGGGGGUCAUACAGGAACUGGAGAAGGGGGAAGCCCACAGAGAAGGACUCUCCUAUCGAACCGGACAGGACACGGCUAACUGUGACACAUGCCGGAACAGCGCAUGCAUUAUUUACAGUGUGGAGCUAGACUUCAAGCAGCAGGAGGACAAGCUGCAGCCGCUAAUGAAGAGGCUUUGCCCUACGGAGGACGCCCACUUCGCCCCCUUGUCUUUCCCCCAGGAGGCCUUCACCUCCACCCCGAAACGCAAGUCCAAACCUGAUUCCAAGAAGCACGCUCGCUGGAAACUUUGGUUUCUGUGAAAAACACAGGACAGUCUCCUCCUCGUCUACCGAUGCACAGGAUUUAAUGCGUCCAUCUUGUCGUCAAAAUUUUGGUUCAUCGUUUUCUUCGUUUUGUUUUUUUUUUCCGAGUCACAUCUCUUUGGCUUUUUGUAGACCCGGUAACCUGUAGUUAUGGAGAGCUCCACCACUGGAACCCCCUUCUCAGAGAUGACAGGAUGUGUAAUGUGGGACACGAGUGUGGAUUCCAUGGAAAAUUUAAAAUGUCAAGCUUACCAAAAUGGAUUCAGAGUUAUUUUGAACAUAUUUCUUCAAACAAGGUGUGAAAUUACACCAGGGCAACAUAUUUGGAAAUCAGCAAGGUGAGAAGACGAAAUUUCAUUUUCCUCUGUCUAUUUGCAUAUAUUUUUCUAGCAGACGUCUACGGGGUCCUAUUCUAUGAUAAUGGUUCAGUGACCGUCACAUUUCUAUUCACCAGUUGGGACUUUGUCUAUCUUCCCAGCCUCCAGGAGAGGUUGGCAAUUCAACCACGAUGCCCUGAGGUCUACAUCAACAGCAUAUCACCGUACUGCAAAGCACAAUUAACACUGUUCAGGAUACAUUUUCUCCAGAAUAAUGGAAAAGAAACUAUUUUGAGUAUUAACUCACAUGUGUAGAUCACCUAUUAACAUACCAGAAUGAAGACUUUCAUAAUAUCUGAAGAAGAGACCUAAUGGACAAAGAAAGCAGAGAUGUUUAUUGGAGUUCUAUGAUCAACUUUCUAUCCAUCGCUAAAAUGUCUCCUUGAAUCAACUGACUUUGAAGUAAAGAAUGAAUAAAUAACACUUAUUUUCUUAAUAA